AUGCCAAACAAAGUGAGAAAAGUGAAGCCAAUUACUCAGGCUGGGCCUGUUAAGAGUGGCCACUCUACCCUGUUCAAAGUAAAUAAGAAGAAGGCAAAGAGGGGCCGAAACAACCAGCGCUUAUCCCCCAACACUAAGGGGCCUUGUGCUGAUACUGUCCGCCAAGACGCCAACCCUGUGAAGUCACCUGCUGGCUCGCCCUCGAGGUCGCGCUCCUCCCCUGACGCGGAAGAGCCUUGCUCCAAUGCUGCUAGCGGCAACGUUGAAGCGCCAACCCCGUCCGCUGAGAAGUCUUGCCCUGAGACUACUAGCGGCGACAUAUCAACUCCGAAAGCUGAUGCUCCAUCAUGUUCCGACGCUGCUCAUCCUCCAGUUGCAACUACUGAAGAGACGACAGAGACCGAGACUUUUGGAGGUGAGAGUGUAUCAGUCCUGGAAAAGCCGCUUGUCUUCAACAAAAUCAAGGAAGUUGAUUUUGGCAAGACCGGUGGGGAGUUUGUCUCCUUGGAGGAGGCGCAGAGCGAAAAGAGGGUCCGCCUGGCACUGUUUGGUCAUGUACAGACCAAAGACGGCGAGACUCCAACAACCGCUAUUAUCGGCCUGGAACGCAGGGGUCUUCAUUACAUCAUUGUUUUCACUGCCCCGCGCGGCAAUGGAAAUCCCACGAUUGCGCACAAAUACAUGGAUCAUUAUAUCCGUCAAGAGUACAGCGCCAUUGUCGAACUGCUCAUACCCCUCUUGGGCACUGUAUUUGAGGAAGCAGACAACAAGCCCGUGUUAGAAGACAACUUUGAGGCCUUUCUCGAUGCCUCAGAGACCUAUCUUCGACUUGUCCCCGACACAGCAACUGGGACCCUCAAGCCCUACCCGGAGUUCGCGCGUUCUCAAAGUGUCAACUGGGACAAUGUCAUGCAGAAAGCAUCGCCCACCUGCCCUAUGUGGAAGCUGUCGGACGUCAAGCACUUCCGUCCCCAUUCCAACACCAACAUGAUCUACGAGGUUGACCUUGGCGACAACAAUGACUUCAAUUCUGGCAUUUUCAAAAGGGUGGAUGACGAAGGCCUUCUUCAACAAGAGUACCGAACUCUACUGCAUUGUGGACGGGUGGGUAUCCGAGCACCAAGAGUGCUGGGGCUACUUGGUGUUGGUACCAAGUGGGGAGGGUUUCUCAUGACAAAGAUUUCAGCCUCCUUCUGUCUUGAGGACUGCCACCCCGAGUCAAUCAAGGCAACGUCAAUACAACCAGCGCUGGCCGACCGUAAACGGUGGUUCGAGCAGAUCUCCGACGCUAUUCACACUCUUCAUCGCGAUGGAUACGUAUGGGGAGAUGUCAAGGCAGCCAACGUGCUCAUCAACCAGGAUGGGGAUGCAUGCCUGAUUGAUUUUGAAGGCGGUUGGAGCCCGGGCUGGGUUGACGAUGAGCUCGCUGAUACUGAGGAAGGUGACUUGCAGGGUCUGCAGAGACUUCGCGACUUCUUGAAACUGGAUGAAUGA